UGAGGAAGAAACAGGCUACCGGAGAAAACGUAAACAAUCACCGCUCCUUACUCCCUCUUUAUGAUAGCUUUAUUGAAAGUCUGUGUUCCAGUUUCUGUGUAUAGAUUUCAUUCAAUAUUUAAAUCAGUAAGGAGAAUAAAUUUUUCUUUCAAAAAAAGCCGGGCAAAUAUGUCUUUUAUUUAUCCGGAUGCGAAAAGAGACGGAACAACUGAGGAUCACCAUGGAGUAAAGGUUAUUGAUCCGUAUAGAUGGCUUGAAGAUCCUGAUGCAGAUGAAACCAAAGAAUUUGUGAAAGCUCAAAAUGAUAUAACAGUUCCUUAUUUAGAAAAUUGUCCAGUUAGAGAGAAGCUUAAAGAGCGAAUUAAGAGUAUGUGGAACUUUCCUAAAUAUAGCUGUCCAUUCAAGGAAGGGGAGAAUUAUUAUUAUUUUUAUAACACUGGAUUGCAGAACCAAAGUGUUUUAUAUAAGCAGAAGACAUUAGAAAGUGAACCAGAAAUAUUUUUGGAUCCAAAUGAAAUGUCCAAAGAAGGAUUGAUAAGCAUACCUUUCUAUGAAUUUUCAGAAAAUGGUGAAUAUCUAGCUUAUGGAAUCAGUGAAAGUGGUUCAGAUUGGCAAAAGAUAAAGAUAAAGAAGGUAUCUAAUGGUGAAGAAUUUCCAGAGACAAUAGAGAAAGUAAAGUUUUCAGCUCUUUCAUGGACACAUGAUAAUAAAGGAUUUUUUUAUUCAGGAUAUCCAGAUGCUGAAAACGGUGUUGAUGGAACUGAAACCACUUCUUUGGAAAACCAUAAAUUAAUUUAUCAUAAGAUUGGAACAGAUCAAUCUCAAGAUGUUGUUUGUGUUGAGUUUCCUGAGCACCCUAAAUGGAUGACUUCUGCAUCUGUUAGUCACUGUGGCCAAUAUGCUGUUUGCAGUGUUGCAGAAACUUGUAAAAACAAUAUGGUUUACAUAUGUGAUUUAAAGACUCUCCCUAAUGGAAUAUCUGGUCUUCUACCUUUAAAAUGUAUAAUUGAUAAUAUGGAAGCUGAAUAUAGUUAUGUUACAAAUGAAGGAACAACUUUUACUUUUAGAACUGAUAGAAAGAGUCCCAUGUAUAGAUUAGUUAACAUCGACUUCAAUAAUACCAGUGAAGACAAUUGGAAGGAUUUAAUGCCUGAACACCCAAAAUAUGUUUUAGAAUGGGCAGAAUGUGUUGAUAACGAUAAGCUUUUUGUGUGCUACAUUGAAGAUGUAAAAAGUCAACUACAUUUACAUGAUCUGAAAACAGGAAAAUUCAUUCACAAUUUUCCGUUAGAAGUUGGAACCAUCACAGGCUGCUCUGGAAAGAAAAAGCUGAGCGAGGUUUUCUUUCGAUUUGUCUCUUUCUUGACUCCUGGAAUUAUUUAUCGUUGUGAAUUAAAAGAAGAUUUAAAUCACAAGGAGUUUAGAACAAUUAAAGUUGAAGGUUUUGAUGCCUCAAAGUUUCAGACUACCCAAGUGUUUUAUCCAAGCAAAGAUGGUACAAAAAUUCCAAUGUUUAUCAUUCAUUCUAAGGAUUUUGUUAGAGAUGGCACUGCUCCAGCAUUUCUGUAUGGCUAUGGAGGUUUCAAUAUCAGCUUGUUACCUCAUUUUAGUGUCACCAGGUUAAUAUUUUCUCAAAAUUUCAAAGGUGUUCUUGCUUUACCAAAUCUCAGAGGAGGAGGAGAGUAUGGUGAGAGUUGGCAUUCUGCCGGAAAACUACUUAACAAGCAAAAUGUGUUUGAUGAUUUCCAAGCUGCUGCGGAGUAUUUGAUUGAAAAUAAAUACACAAAUUCAAAAAAAUUAACUAUAAAUGGAGGUUCUAAUGGAGGUUUGUUGAUUGGUGCAUGUAUUAAUCAAAGACCAGAGCUGUAUGGAUGUGCAUUAGCUCACUGUGGAGUGAUGGACAUGCUGAGGUUUCAUAAAUUUACAAUCGGCAGUGCUUGGAUAUCAGAUUAUGGCAAUCCUGAUGAAGAGAAAAAUUUUCAUAAUUUACUUAAAUAUUCUCCACUGCACAAUGUCCGUGUGCCUAAAGAUGAUCAAGUUCAAUAUCCAGCUGUGCUACUCUUCACUGGUGAUCAUGAUGAUAGAGUUGUGCCACUUCACACUUUAAAAUUGAUAGCUGAGUUACAGUAUAGGAUAGGCAAAAGUCCUAAACAGGUUAAUCCACUCUUGGUUCGUGUAGACACUGAAUGUGGUCAUGGUGCUGGAAAACCUACUGCUAAAAUAAUUGAAGAGCUUACUGAUAUGUAUUGCUUUAUUUAUAACUCACUGGACUUGAAAUAUUACGAUUAAAGCAAGGAUCUGAUUUUAAAGCAACUAAUGUUGACAGGUUUACUCGAGACGAGCACUUGUUUCUUUCUUUUAUAAUUUUCAUGUAAUGAGCCUUUGAAAUAAAAUUUUUCUUUUGUUA